GGAGUAGUCAGAGGGAAGAAGGGAGGAUUGCAGAGCGGCACGUGGAGCGCUAGUAUUUCCCGGAGCCGAGGGGAACAGAGCCAUCCACUGAAGCGGAGUGUCGGGGGCGGACGGCAGCCCAGCUGGAAAGGGCGGCGGGGUCUGGAACGGACAGAAGGCUUCUUCUCAUUACCAGGGGUGAAAGGUGAAGCGCAAGCCCAACUCUCAGGGCAGGCCAACUGGAGCGCGGGUCUGCCGCUAACUGAUAAACACACGCACUCGCGCGCACACACACACACACACAGUCAUACGCACAUGCUCAUACCCACACACACACACAUACCCGCAUACACAGGAGGGCCGGAGCAGACCAGGAGGGGGGCUGUGGAAUGCCUCCUCCGUCCUCUGAAGUGUCAAGAGAAGCCAGCAAGGGCUGAUUCACAGUAUUUUGAGAAACUCUGACAGCGAGUGGAAACAGAACCUCCGGGAGGCUGAAUCACACAGGGACCAUUAGCCAAACCCAAGGGCUUCUUCCCCCUCUACCUCCCGGAUCCUCUGAGGUCAGCUCCAGAGCGCGACUCUCCUUGUACGCACGAGCAGUGUUUGAAAACCCCGUCCUCUUCAGAUGGACUAUAAGCAUGCCCAUGCUCACUGUAUGCAACUGACUCUCCAUUGUAACUGAAGUCAAAGGAGCGCGAGGACACUUUGAAAAGGGACUUUAAGCAGGAUGGCCGCCGGAGAAAAGAGUCUGGUUCUGGUUUUGGGGCUGGUUCUGCUGCAGCUGUGGGUGAACAUGGGGAUCUCAACUCAAGCAGCCAGGAGCAGCCAUCCCAGACUGACGCUGUCUCACAAAGAGCUCUGGGACCUCAACAGAACGUGGGUGUUUCAUGGCCCGCAGGGGGCGCUGGACCUACAGACCAUGCUGCUGGAUGAGUACCAGGAGAGGCUGUUCAUCGGAGGUCGAAACGCCCUGUACUCCCUGAGCCUGGAGCAAAUUAACACGGAUUCCCGGGAGAUACACUGGCCCUGCACAGCAGCUCAAGAAGACGAAUGUCUAAUGAAGGGCAGAGAAAAGUCUGAAUGUGCCAACUACAUCAAGGUGCUUCACCAGUACAACAGGACACAUUUGCUGGCGUGUGGAACCGGGGCAUUCCACCCAGUCUGUGCUUUCAUCAGGGUUGGACGCUGGACUGAGGACAGACUGUUUUACCUGGAAGCCGAUCACAUCGAGAGUGGACGAGGAAGAUGCCCGUUUGACCCCAACAGUCCUUGUGUCUCCACUUUCUCAAGAGGAGAGUUGUACAUCGGACUUUACACAGAUUACUGGGAGAACGAUGCCGCGGUCUGCCGUCUGAACAAUCACAGCUACACCAGGACAGAGCGAGAUGACAGACAGCAGCUGAACGAGCCAAAGUUUGUUGGAUCAGUGGUCAUUCCAGACAAUGAUGACCAGGAUGAUGACAAAGUGUACUUCUUCUUCACUGAAAAAGCUGUGGAUAUUGAAAGUGGGAACAAUGCUGUUUACACCAAGGUGGCAAGAGUCUGUGCGAAUGAUCUGGGGGGCCAAAGGAUGCUGGUGAACAAGUGGAGCUCUUUCAGCAAGACCCGUCUGAUCUGUUCUGUCCCUGGCCCCAAUGGGAUCGACACUCACUUUGAUGAGUUGGAGGACGUGUUUGUGCUGAAGAAGAAGGACGAGAAGAACCCGGAGAUCUUCGGCCUGUUCAGUACCACCAGUAACAUCUUUAAGGGCUAUGCCGUGUGUGUCUACCACAUGGACCACAUCCGGGCAGCUUUCAACGGACCUUUUGCCCACAAAGACCGCCCAGAGCAUCACUGGACAGCCUUCGAAGGCAGGGUCCCUUUCCCAAGACCGGGAUCGUGCGCCAGCAAGGUGAACGGAGGCCAGUACUCCAGCUCCAAGGAGUACCCAGACGAGGUGCUGCGCUUCGCCCGCGACCACCCGGUCAUGUUCCAGCCCGUGCACCCGCUGCACCGCCGGCCCGUCCUGCUCCGCACCGACGGGGAGAGGAGGCUCACUCAGGUGGCAGUGGACCGCGUGGAGGCCCAGGACGGCCACUACGAUGUGCUUUUCAUCGGAACGGAUAACUCUGUUGUGUUGAAAGUGAUCACUAUUUACAAAAAAGAGACUGAUACGGUAGAGGAAUUGCUUCUGGAGGAACUUCAUGUUUUCAAGGUUCCUGUUCCAAUAACUGAAAUUAUAAUCUCAGCUAAAAGGCAACAGCUGUACGUGGGGUCAGAGUUUGGCGUGGCCCAGGUGAAGGCUCACCAGUGCGACCUGUACGGGUCGGCAUGUGCGGACUGCUGCCUGGCACGCGACCCCUACUGUGCCUGGGAUGGGGUGACCUGCUCCAGGUACUACCCUGCUGGGAUCCAUACCAAAAGGCGCUUCAGAAGACAAGAUGUUCGUCAUGGAAACGCCGCUCAGCAGUGCAACGGCCUUCAGAUGAAUGGAGAGCAGCCCCAGAAAGUAGAGGAGAAGUCAGUGUAUGGGGUAGAGAACAACAGUACUCUUCUUGAAUGCAGUCCAAGAUCGCCGCUGGCUAAAGUCCACUGGUUUAUACAAAGAAGCACUGACAAGGAAGAGGUGAGAGCAGAUAACAGGGUAGUGAAGACACCGCACGGCCUCCUCUUCCUCAAACUGCGCAAGAUGGAUGCCGGCACCUACCUCUGCCAGUCCGUGGAACACGGCUUUAUCCAAGAUGUGGCGCGGAUCGCGCUGGAGGUCCUGGAGGAGGAGCGCGUGGAGGAGCUUUUCCACAGGGCGGAGGAAGCGGAAGAGGAAGGGGGAGGCGGCCAGCACAAGGCGCCGCCCUGCCCCGUUCCCAUGCUCCCUCAUGGCUCCACCUCCAAGCUCUGGUACAAGGACUUCCUCCAGCUCAUUGGCUACAGCAAUUUCCACAAGGUGGAGGAAUACUGCGAGAGGGUGUGGUGCUCAGACAGGAGGCGCAAGAAGCUCAAGUCCCUGCAGCCCAAAUGGAGGUUCCCGCACUCGCAGGAGAGGCGAGGGAGGGCGCGGGGGGACCACCACCGCACGCCGAGGCACGCCCUGGUCACCUGAGAAACGCUCACCUCUCGCAGAACAAUAGAGCUUUUUUUCCUUUCAGUUGAACGGCACAGAACAAAGCAAUGAUGCGACCUUUGGAAACAGAGCGGACAGAAUCUUGCUUUGUUAUUGGAUUCAGAUGGACUCAUCACUUAAGAAGUGCAAGCUGUGUAUGUGUUUAAAACCACUGUUUAGAGAAAUACGCAAUGUUGUAUGCGCAUAUAUAUAUUUUAGUCCGGUACCUGUUUAAAUUAUUGUAAUAUCAACUUGUGAUGUGACUGACGUACUAAUUUUGAAGUGUUCUCAUUAUCUAAAACUGGAAACAUACUGUAGUACUGUUCGAGAUUUUAAUGUAAUUGUGAGGCUUUCUCUCUAUGCUUAUGUAUUGGUAGCGUCAUGUGCCCACACUGUACCCUGUCUGAUGGCUCCCCUUAGCUGAUGGACAUUGCAUAACACCUCAAAACCUUUGUGGACAUCAAUCCAUGAAGUUUGAAAUAAGCUGUCACUUUGUUUUGUACAAUAACGUCAAAUGUAUCUUCAACAGAAAUGCCUGCAAAAGAAUAUUUUAAUUGAUAUAUAAAGCAAUUGACUGAAUGAACUGGGAGACAUGGCAUGGUAUUGCUGUAAAGCAGGUAUCAAGUACCAAGUUGUAUUUUAGUGAUUGACACUUGGUCUGCUAUCUGAAACAGCAAUGCUCUGUCUGGUAGUUAUUAUGUAUGUAAGCAACAUUUGUUCAAUCAUUUUCCAGUUAUUUGUUAAUUUCAAAUUAAAAUUAACCUCAAAUCUCA